AUGCACAUGAAAAGCGAAGCCGAGCAUUGGUAUAACAGCUUCUCAAUUGGUGUCAUGGGCUUCGUCGAACUCGUCAAAGCGGCAAUCCCAUACCUCGAAAAAUCCUCACAAGCUUCCAUCAUUGUCCCAAGCUCAUUCAUGGGCCGCGAAUUCUACCGCGGUCCUCCGGCAACAUAUGGGCCCUGUAAGGCGGCUCAAUUACAACAUGUCCAGGAACUGUCUCACUUCCUAGGACCGAAAGGUAUCAGAGUCAAUGCGAUUUCACCUGGGCCAAUCCUUUGUAAGGAUGGUCCGUGGGAGAAGUAUUCUUAG